GGGGUUUGCUCUGGCGGUAAACGGUUAUCAACUUAAGAAGAUCGGGACCUGCAGACAUGUCCACUACCUCUCAGAAGCAUAGAGACUUCGUAGCCGAACCCAUGGGGGACAAACAUGUGACCGCACUCUCUGGAAUUGGAGAGGUCCUUGGGAAGAAACUAGAAGAGCAAGGAUUUGAUAAAGCAUAUGUUGUCUUGGGUCAGUUUCUUGUUCUGAGAAAAGAUGAACUGUUUAUAGAAUGGUUGAAAGAUACUUGUGGAGCCAAUUCCAAACAAGCCUCCUCAUGUUACACAUGUUUAAAAGAGUGGUGUGAUUCCUUCCUGUGAAAUGUACUGCAUCCCUCUCUACAGAGUACACUUACUGCUGGCUGGGUUAACUGGAACUCUUUGAAAACCUUGAUAGAUUCCAUUACAUCGCUGUCCAUUGUAUGGUCUGAAGAGUACUUGAAUGUUUCAAAGCUUGAUUUGUUUCUUGUGAUUUAAAACAUGACUUAAUUUUAAUGAUGGCUUCUUAAACUUUCAAUGUGCAAAUGUAAGCUUUUAAAUAACUUGAGCCAGCUACAACAUUAAACCAGUUUAUACCAAUAGCUUCCACUGUGAAACAACACACUUUAAGCUUAAAAAAAAAACAUAUGGUACUAGCUACUUUUGAAUUCAUUCACAAGGUAAAAUAUUAGUUGCUUAAGUGGGGGUUCCAAUGUGAAGACAGUAGUGGUAUUUGAUACUGUCUGUACCGUUCUGCCACAGUAAAAUACAUACCAUAGGCAAGGACAGAUCAAUAGUGUUAAUAUAGAGCAGGGGUCUCCAACCCUAGUCCUGGAGAGCCUCUACCCAGCAGGUUUUAUAGGUAUCUUUACAUCAAGUGAUUAAAGGUCUGGAAGUUGGACACCUGUUAAUAUUGACUAAUUAAGCCAAUAAUUGGUUCAAUUAAAAGUGGUGGAAACAAAAACCAGCAGCCAGAGUAGCUCUCCAGGCCCAGGGGUGGAGACCCCUGCUCUAGAGCAGUGGCUCUCAAACCGGUCCAGAAGCUCCACUUUGUCUGGUUUUCAUUCCAAUUGAGCGCUCAAUUACUUAACGAGACUCUUAAUUGAAUUAUUUUCUGAAUUAAGCAGUUAAUUGUUUUCAGCUCUUAGCAGUUGCAUAACUAGACCGCUCCAACUGUUUUAAGAGCUAAAAAAUUAAAAGUUUUAGCAAAUGAUCCCUUCAAUUAAGGGUCUAGUUAAGUAAUUGAGAGCUCAAUUGGAAUGAAAACUAGCAGCCACAGGGGGUCCCCAGGACCAGGAUUGGGAAACCCUGCUCUAAAGGACAAUGGUAACUGGUAUUGUCAUAUUAUAACUUACAUAAGGUCAUCAAAUGUUUUUGCUAUUAGUUUUAAAAUGUACUGCACGUAAUAGGUGUCUGGAAAUAGCGUGGGAGGAGGGAGAGUAUUAAUUACUGCAUUCUAGCAGUUUGGGGGCAAUAUGUAACUAUCUGCAUGUGAAGUGUCAACCUAUAUGCAAGAUGCAAGCUGCCACUUUGACAUUGACAUUGUUUAGACUUUAUUGAUGGGUACACUGACCAUGCGCUUAAACUUAAUCUUUAGUAUGUUUAACAUUAUCUAACACAUGGAAGCAAGUAAAAAAAAGACUUCACUGAAAGAGUUAAAGUGCAUUGACUUUUUUUAUUUUAAGUGGCAUUAGACAAAUUCAUUUCUGUAAACAAACUCCACCUACUGUUGUUCCAUUAAAGACGCACAGCACAAAUUUAAUUCUUGGUUAUCGCUUGUAGGCACAAUUUCCAUCCCAGAUAUUUGUGGACUAACUUAAACCAUUGCUUGUAGUUGAAAGUGCUGGAAAAAUGACUUGUAUUUUAUGUAUAGUUUGAAAUGGGUGGCAAACAAAUUGCAGAUCAAACAUUGUGACAAUACUUUAUUUGGUAUGCAAAUAUUGGUUACAUUUCACAAAAAUAAAUGCUUCAUUACAGUAAUGUUUGUUUUAAUAUUCAUUUGUCCUUGCAAGUAAACUCUGCCUUGUGACUAAAAAUGAUGACAAUGUGUGAAAUAAACCAGAUCACUUCUUUUUACUUAGUGAAACAGACUUAAAAUAAAUCAUCCUCACAUGACUAAGCAGACUUUUUUUCCCGUUACUGAAUCUCACUCUUAAACAUAGCCUUACACAAUCAUAAAAGUUACAGUAAGGUAGCAACUCUAAAGAAAAGGCACAGACAUCACACAAAGUAGUAACUAGGGUUGGAUGAUCGACAUUUUCAGCUAUCGAUUAUUGGCUGUAAAUCAUCGGACUAUAAAAUGUUAACCUUGGUGACUGUUAAACAAGUGUGAUGCAUAUUGGAUUAUUUCAUUCUGCCCUGUUCCAACCCUUAGCGUUUUUUCAGGGAACACAAACAUUCUAUGUCAAAAAUACAUAGUUGAAAGGACGGUGUUUUAAAUUAUGUAGGCUUCCAUUUUGGUGUACUGUAGUUGGUUUUGUUGGUACGGUACUAUAUUUAACAGAAGUAUUUUAAUUCAGAAUGAUAUGAUUCUGAAAAUAUCACUUGCUGCAAGAGAUGACCAUGGACUGUACCACAGUACAUACUUUUCAAUCCGGUACGUAUUGUAGCAGUAUGUAAAAUUCCCCAUUAGCAACAGCAAAAUUAAAUUAAAACGUUACCCAUGCACAGAACUGGAGGAAGCGCUUUUAAGUGCACAGUAAAGACAGACUGACAGGGCUGUGACGGAUAAACAAGUACACUUAAGAAAUGGGCUUUGUAUCAGAAAACUGGUGACUGAGUCAGAAAUCGCAUGUCAUGGGUAAGUGCAUUUAUUUGUUUUUAUAUAUA